UCCGUCCUCCCGGGGUCACACAGCCUCAUCACAUAACUCCCCUUCCUUCUCCUCUCCACCCUUCCUGCCUUUCCUCCUCACUUCCUCCUCCCUCCCUCUCUUCCUCCGCCUCCCCUCCGCCUCCCCUCCUUCCACCUUCCUCCUGCAGGAGAGCGUCACCGUCAGUCUCUGGAUGAAUUCCGGCUGAUUUCCUCGGGCACCCUGUGAUUUUAUUCCCCGCUGUUUUGGAGCUGGUUAAAACCAAACAGGAAGAAGGUUUCUCUCCAGUCAUGCAGAAGGUGGAGGGACGGUUAACCCCGGUCAACCUGCCUUCUUCCAGGGGCCCGAGCACCCCAGGGUCUCCCGCCACCGGCAUCACGGCCCGAGUGAACGACCACGUGGUGGGCUACAGAGACCUGGCAGCGCUGCCCCGAGACAAAGCCAUCCUGCAGGUGGAGAGACCCGACCUGAUGUCGUACCAACCACACCUCACCUUCUCCCCACUCGACGCUCCACCCAGAGAACGAUCUCUGUCUCCUCCGCCUACGUCUUCCACCAGGUCUCCUGAGGUGAAGGCGCGCGGAGCAGAGAGUGAGAGUGAGAGUGGUUCUCCUGGAGGAUCCACGCUGCAACUGCAGUCUGGACGCAAGAUCAGCGCCAGCCAGCAGCAUUUCCACAGACCGGAUAACGGAGCCAACAUCUACAGGAAGCCUCCCAUCUACAAACAAGAUGUUAAACAUGUGGAGGGAACUGGCGUCAUUCAGUCGGCAAAGUUUCCUGCAGCUCAGCCACCGGACCCCAACCUGCCGUCCAAGAUAGAGACCGAAUACUGGCCCUGCCCCCCCUCCACGGCUGCCAUGGAGAUCGAGAGGAGGAAGAAGAAAGAGGAGCUGCAGGAGGAAGACGAGUUUGAAGACCUGACCGGCGAGGCCGAGACGCUGCGGGAGCAAGAGCUGGAAAAGAUCAAGUCCAACCUGGGCCGGCUCAUCCUGAAGGAGGAGAAGGAGAAGGCCGUUCACUUCCGGAGGAAGACCCAGUCGCUGCCCGACAGAACGCACCUGCACACCAGUUUGUCAGCGAGCGCAUCCAAGUCUCCUUCACGCGCCGGCAUCGGCCUGACCCGAAUGCAGUCUGCAGAGUUCUCUACGGACGGAGAUAAAGGACUGACAGCUGCUCAGAACGGAGAAGCUCGGAGGGAGAGGAUGGACAGAGGAAACUCUCUGCCAAGUAUCCUGGAGCAGAAGAUCUAUCCGUAUGAAGCGCUGCUCGUGACCCACAGAGGGCGCUGUAAGCUGCCGCCCGGGGUCGACCGCACUCGCCUGGAGAGGCAUCUGUCCACGGAGCAGUUUGAGGAGAUCUUCGGGAUGCCGAUCGGCGAGUUCGACCGCCUCUCGCUGUGGAGACGAAACGAACUCAAGAAGAAAGCCUCGCUCUUCUAACAGGAAGUGACCUCGCUGCCCGCGCAGAUAACUUUUGAUGAACCGCCUGCUUUUUGGGAAAAAGGAAGGAGAGAAAAAAACAACAUCAAAUGUGAAAAAACCCCACAAAACAUGUCCGCCAUCUAACUAACCAAUCACGUCGCUGGACCGACCCUUUACUAACGGAUGCACUGACACUCAGACAUGUUACCUGUGCUGCACUUAUAACUGCCCCCCCCCACCCCCACCCGCUCGUUACGUGUCCGCCCGUCAUCACCAUCAUCAUCAUCAUCAUCACACAGUUUGUUUCUCUGAGCUCCAGAGGUCUGCGGCAGGACGUCAGACGUUAGCACAUUAGCACAUUAGCCAAACAUAUUAAUAACACGCCCACUUUUAAGGACAUUUCACGCAUCAUGUUGAAGCAUUUUAAGUUUUUCCUGUGUCAUUUAAAGCCUCGUUCUCAUCCCCAACUCGUCUGGUUUAAACAACAAUGUCAAACUAAACUAUUUGGUUAAAAGGAACACACCGACUUAUCGGUACUUUGUCUUAUUCAGCGUAUCCCCAGAGUUAGAGAAGUCCAUACAUACCCUUCUCAUCUCUGUGCGUGUCCUAACAGUGUCUGAUGCACCCAUCGCUAGCCUAGCUUAGCACACAUCCUGGAGGUAACUGGCUCCAUCUAGCCUAGCUUAGCCUAGCACAGAUCCUGGA